UGGAGUGACUGACGGGCUCAAUUCCUCCGCUGUUCGUUUGAGUGUCGGGUGCCGUUCAGAAGUUCGUCCUCAGUGCAGGUCAACAGCUGUUAAAAUCAUGUCUGCUUUUCUGCAUCACUGCCCAUUCUUGAAGUCCACUCCAGGCCCUUCUCUAAGGAAUAUGGCAGCAUACUUUGGCUUGGCUGACCAAUGUCCGAUCAUUGUCCACCAGAUCUCUGUAAAAGCCCAAUCCUCUGAGGAAAAAGGCCUUCUCCUUCAUAAGGAGCCAAAGCGACAGUUGGCGACCACAGCCACUCAGGUGGCAAUCUCCAUGUCCCAGAGCUGUCCCUUCGUUUCCUCUAAGAUCGGACUAGUUAAAGCCAGUCCACAAGUGCAGGAGGAUGUCCAGCCCAAUCUUGAGAAUCAAGACACCUCUGGCUUGAUGAGCUCGCUGUUCAGUGGAUUGCAAAGUCAUCAGUCUACUGGUCCUACACACCUUCUUCAGGACAACUUUACCAGACCCAGUUUCAACUACGAUGACUUCUUCACUCAGAAGAUUGUGGAAAAGAAGAAUGACCACACCUACCGUAUCUUUAAGACGGUGAACCGUUUUGCAGAGGUUUUCCCUUUUGCUGAGGACUAUUCCAUCCCUGGACGCUUGGGCUCCCAGGUGUCUGUAUGGUGCAGUAAUGAUUACUUGGGCAUGAGUCGACAUCCCCGCGUUGUCAAGGCCAUAGGAGAGUCUUUGCAGAAGCAUGGUGCAGGAGCAGGUGGCACCCGAAAUAUCUCUGGGACGAGUAACUAUCACGUGGCCCUGGAGAGUGAACUGGCCCGUCUACACCAGAAAGAUGGAGCACUAGUCUUUUCUUCCUGCUUUGUAGCCAAUGAUUCCACCCUCUUUACUUUGGCUAAAAUGCUCCCAGGUUGUGAGAUCUACUCAGACAUGGGUAAUCAUGCCUCCAUGAUCCAGGGCAUCAGGAACAGUGGGGCCAAACGCUUCAUUUUCCGACACAAUGAUGCCAGUCAUCUGGAAGAGCUGCUCAGCCGCUCAGAUCCACUCUCACCUAAAAUUGUGGCUGUUGAGACUGUUCAUUCAAUGGAUGGUGCAAUUUGCCCUCUAGAAGAUCUAUGUGACGUAGCACAUAAAUAUGGAGCUCUGACUUUUGUGGAUGAGGUCCAUGCUGUCGGACUGUAUGGGGCUCAUGGAGCAGGUGUAGGAGAGAGAGACAACGUCAUGCACAAGAUCGAUAUUGUCUCUGGAACUCUGGGUAAGGCAUUUGGCUGUGUGGGUGGUUACAUAGCCAGCACUGCUGCCCUGGUGGACACUGUGCGCUCCUACGCCGCCGGUUUUAUCUUCACUACCUCCUUGCCUCCCAUGAUGCUGGCGGGGGCUCUGGAAUCGGUGCGUGUGCUGAAGAGCCCAGAAGGCCAAGCUUUGCGCAGAGCCCAUCAGAGAAACGUCAAACACAUGAGACAGCUGCUGCUGGAUGCUGGACUGCCUGUGGUCAACUGCCCCAGCCACAUCAUUCCCAUACGGGUUGGAAAUGCAGCAAAAAACUCUCUGGUGUGUGAUAUUCUGUUGGAGAAACACAACAUCUAUGUGCAGGCCAUAAAUUACCCUACAGUGCCUCGCGGAGAAGAGCUGUUGCGGUUGGCUCCUUCUCCUUUCCACAAUCCAAUUAUGAUGAACUACUUUGUAGAGAAACUGUUGGAUGUCUGGCAGGAGGUUGGACUGCCGCUGAAUGGACCAGCUAUGGCCUCCUGCACUUUCUGUGAUCGGCCUCUUCAUUUUGACCUCAUGAGCGAAUGGGAGAAGUCCUACUUUGGGAACAUGGAACCGAGAUACAUCACUGUGGCAGCACAGUGAGUCAGUAUCAGCAGACCAAGAUGAAGAUCUGUUUUAUCAGAUUAGAUUGACUCUUCAAAAAAUCCACUUCCAAUCCAGAAUUUUUUUUAUGGUAAGAUAAAUGUAGAGAGUGCUCAAAAUGUCCUUAAUUUAAAACACUAUUUGUGGCAAUUUAUGAUAAAAUAGUGUUUCUGUAUUGUUUGCUGUGUUAAUGAUCCAAAGAGAAUUUGUUUACACAUAUUCGUAUAAAUGUACCACUAAAAUUAGUUAUUGAGACUUUGGCUAAAUCCUACAUUAAUUGUGUGUCCCCUCUGCAUGACGACAAACCUGCACAUGGGCACUUUUUGGUAGUUUUCUAUUAUUGGUAUUGUAUGUAGAUGUAUGCAUGCUAGAGCAUAUUUAAUAACACUAUACCACAUGCCCUCUUUCUGUUUUGGACCAUUUGCACUCAAAUUGAUGAAUUUAAAAAUUCAAUAAAUAUGGUAAGUUCCAA